AGCAUGAGCAACCGCAUGUGCUGAACCUGAUUGUGCAGAAGAUAAGACCGCUGUAGAUGUAGUGGAAAAACUUUUCGAUGGGAACUGAAGUGCGGGCAAUUUCGGUCCGGCUCAACGGUGGCAAUGACGAGUUGCGAUAUGGUCACCAGCGGCGUUUCCUGUUCGGUGACCACUUGCUGGAUUUCACACAUCAACCCAGAGGCAACUGAAGCAAAGUGAAUCGUUUGCAAACACACUGGCUUGGUCGCAGGCGCUUGACGCUGUUUUACUGAAGCACGUUUUAUCAAUGAAUCGAUAAGAUAGCGCCACCGAGCGACUGGGCGAAGAAACUGAAACACUGAAACGGCGACACUGGUUUUGGUCUGUGUAGGUUCGAGACGGUUUCGCUAUCGUUGUACGGCCGGUUCCAUUAUUUAUCAGUUGUGCCUGCUGCGACACGCUGACUCAGCCGCGUGCUAACGCGAGACGCGCGAACUCGGUUUGAGUAAGUGCGCCAGAACGUUUUAGUGUGUUGGGACGAGCGGGAUUCGUGCGUGGUUAAUACAUCGACGAUGGACCCUUACCUGGGCUUGGCGCAGAAUAAAUCGAAGCCUCGUAGUGUGCUCGAUGGUUUUUCUAACCGUAAUCUAACAGCCGUGAAAGCAGGAAGUUACAGGCCUAGCCGCCCAGCAAUACGCUCCAACAGACCCCUCUCCACCUCCUCACUUGUAGAACCGUCGGAACAUUUCCGUCUCUUGCAGCAAGACCAUUUGGCGCUACAGAAGAAGCAGAAACAGCUGGAAGAGAGCUACUCUUUGCUAGAGGAACGAUUCGAUAAGCUAAAGCUGGAAUACGAAACACUUCAGAGCGCCUACGAGGAGCUGCAGGAGAACUAUAGUGCCUCGUCGCCGAAGAACUUUACAGCCGGUAAGCUACUGGUGUACUUAAAGUUGAAACGACGAGCUGACAAAAGCGCGCUGGAGAACCGGAACAUAAUCAAAAAUGAGGCGUGUUUCAACACCUUUCUCAAGGAUGUCAUUAUGGCCGAUCAUCCCCGGAUACCGCGAGUUAUCUACGAGUGCGUCAGUGUGCUGGAGUCGAAUGAAAAGUUUCUGAGCGUACCGGGCCUGUACCGUGUUUCGGGUGAUUACAAUGUGAUUCAGAACCUGCGCUACGAUAUCAACGCGAACCAGUACAAGAAACUGCGGAAACUAAAGAGCCCCCAUGAGGUGUGCGGCAUCAUCAAAUUAUUCCUGCGCGAGCUAAAGGAUCCUCUGGUGUCACUGCAAAUGUGCGCGGAGAUCAUUCCGAGCCUAGAGGAACUAAAAUCCAACAAACGGGCGAAGGUGCUGCAACUCGUUAACGCGCUGGAUGAGCUGCGGCUGCAAACGCUCAAGUUUCUAAUGAAACAUCUUCGCAACGUGGCGAAUGCGCCGGAGAACGAAAUGGAUACAUACAGUCUGGGGCUUCUGAUGAGCUCUUGCAUCUUCAACGAAACGUUGGCGGACGUGUGCCCGGUGAAGUUCGAAAAGCAAAGUGCAAUGUGCUGGACGGUGUUUCUUCUGCUGGGAGUGAUCAUUUCAUUGUUAGCUCUUUUCGACUGGAAAGCGAAACGGUACGAUAGCGUUCCAGGACCUCGACGAUGGCCGUUUGUUGGGAAUGUUGUCUCGUUUCUGGGAGUUGGUCCUGUCGAGAUAUUUGCUCAACUGAUCGCGUUCGGAAAAACGUACGGGAAGGUGUACAAGCUGGAUUUCUUCUAUGAUUACACCAUCGUCUAUUCUUCGCCUGAGGCAGUUGAGGCCAUUGUAACAUCGCCUGCCUUUGCCGCCAAGUCGCAGGACUACGAUAAGGUAUCGGAAUGGAUCGGCAAUGGACUGCUCGUGUCUCGGGGGCCCAAGUGGUUCAGCCGACGGAAGGUUAUCACGCCGGGGUUUCAUUUCAAAAUAUUGGAGGACUUUGUACCGGCCUUUAACCGGCAGGCGGAAUCAUUCUGCCGCAAACUGGAAGCAUUGAUGCGAGAACCCGGCCGAGAGGCGAUCGAUGUCUUUCCCGAGCUGAAGCUACUGACGCUCGGCAUCAUCUGUGAAACGGCCAUGGGUGUGGACAGUGCGGAAGAUGCCGCACAGCAAGCAUACUACACUCGAAUAGUGGAGGAACUGAGCUCCAUUCUCUAUUGGCGCAUGUUUAAUGUGUUCGUUAACAUCGAUGCAUUGUUUCGACUAACCAGCACGAGUCGUCGUUUCGACGAGCUGGUAAAGAAAUCGUGGAACUUUACGCUAAACAUGAUCGAUAAACGAAGAAAGAUUAACGAAGAUACUAUGCGGACCAAUGGAGCUGGUGAGCAGGCAGAUGAAACAUUUGGAAAGCGUAAGAGAGCGUUGCUUGAUACGUUGCUUGAAGCGCGGAUCGAUGGUAAACCGCUGACGGAUGACGACAUUCGGGAAGAAGUGGACACUUUUACAUUUGCCGGUCACGAUACGACUGCAUCAGCUAUGACGUUUCUGCUAUACAACGUCGCUAAGCAUCCUGAGGUCCAGGAGCGCCUAUAUGAAGAAAUUUUGGAUGAAAUCGGAUCAGAGUUUACAGAAUUAACUCUGAGCACACUGAACAAUCUUCGUUACAUGGAUUUGGUGCUCAAGGAGUCCCUUCGACUGUAUCCACCCGUACCGAUGAUAGCACGUAUUGCGACCGACGAUACAAAAGUGUUGGGUGAACGUAUAACACGCGGAACUAGUGUGGCCUUAGACAUUUUCCUCAUGCACCGAAGUGAAGACUAUUUCCACGAUCCAGAUCAAUUUGAUCCAUCGCGGUUCGAAGGAAUGCGCGAUGCUGACACGUUCAAUCCUUAUACAUAUAUACCAUUUAGUGCCGGCAGUCGGAACUGCAUCGGACAGAAGUUUGCCCAAUACGAGAUAAAAAGCGCGCUUGUGAAGAUUCUGCAGCAUUUCACCGUGCGAUUGACACGGGACAAUUAUGAGCCAACAUUGAAAGCCGAAAUCGUACUAAAACCUUCCACAGGACUGCCGCUGCAAUUCGUGAGAAGACAUUAA